UUAAACCCACCAGCAGUAGUGAGAGCCAGUGAGCCAGGGACAUGAACAUGAACCUUCCUAUUUGAUACAACUAGGUUUUCCCAAAUGGGUCAAUAGAUCUUGAAGCCAAAAAGAGAGGAAUAAAAUAUGAAAAACUAGUAAGGGAGAAAAACAAAAUGAAAGAUUACAACAGAGCAAAGAUAAGAUCACACAGGGCUCAAUGAUUCUGCCCAUAUCAUAUCAUAUGAGGUUAAAAAGAGCCAACCCAGCCUCCCUUUCCUAACCCCACCACUUGCCGUUUCAAAAAGUGCUUAUUCAAAGUGUUUUGGGGAAGAGGAAACCAAACCCACCCCACAGUAUACCCCCUAAACCAACACCCCAUUGUAAGAGAGUAAGAGAGAGCAUCAGCAUUCAGCACUCUGCAGCAGCACCACCAUCAUCUCUGUGUUUUUUUUUUCCUUGCGUGGGUCUCUCUGCUGACUGCUCUUCCUGGCACACUCUCUGCCCUCUGCCACAAACCAUAUGGCAAUACCAGCACCUCUGCUAACAGAGGCUCGCCUCUCUGCUCUCUCCAUUAACCUUUACACCCUUUAGUCAAAGACUCAAUUUUUUUUGGCCGAAAGAACCAAACUUUUGAUAUUGUUAACCAAUGGCUAAAGGUCUCAGCUUCCUCCUUUCUUUGCUUCUUUGCUUGCCAUUCUUGUCACAAGGCGAGAAGAACCAGGCUGAGAUCCAAUCAUUAACAUCUUUCAAGCUCAAUCUCCAUGACCCACUUGGAGCUUUAAACGGAUGGGAUCCAUCAACACCUGCAGCUCCAUGCGACUGGCAUGGAGUUGCAUGUACCAACAACCGAGUGACCGAGCUACGUCUACCUCACCUCCAACUCAGUGGUCGACUCAGUGACCGUCUCUCUGACCUUAAGUUUCUUACCAAACUCAGCCUCCGUUCCAACUCCUUCAACGGCACCAUUCCUUCCACUCUCUCCCAAUGCAAGCUUCUACGCGCUGUUUUCUUGCAGUACAACUCGCUAUCCGGAACAUUACCGUCCGAGAUAAGUAAUCUCACUGAUUUAACCAUUUUAAAUGUAGCUCAAAACCAUUUAUCCGGCGAAAUCUCCGGAGAUCUCCCACAAAAUAUCAAGUAUCUUGAUCUUUCUUCAAACUCAUUUUCUGGUUCGAUUCCUAGAAGCAUUGCUAAUUUAUCACAGCUUCAACUUAUUAAUCUUUCGUAUAACCAGUUUUCCGGUGCGAUUCCCGCUAGCUUUGGUGAGCUUCAGCAGCUUCAGUAUCUCUGGCUUGAUUAUAAUCUUUUAGAAGGGACUUUACCUUCAGCUUUAGCCAACUGCUGUUCACUUAUUCAUUUUAGUGCUGAGGCCAAUGCGCUUGGUGGGGUUAUCCCUGCAGCUAUUGGAGCUCUUCCUAAGCUUCAAGUUGUUUCACUUUCUCAUAACAAUCUCUCAGGAACAGUGCCGGCUUCUUUGUUCUGUAAUGUGACUGCUUAUCCGCCUUCCGUUCGGAUUGUUCAGUUGGGGUUUAAUUUGUUUACGAAUGUUGUUGGUCCUGCAUCGGGGAUAUGUUAUAGUGUUUUACAAGUUUUGGAUCUUUCUGGGAAUCAGAUUGGUGGGGGUUUUCCCUUGUGGUUAACGGGUGUGACAACGUUGACAAUGUUGGAUGUUUCUGGGAAUUUGUUGUCAGGUGAGGUUCCAGUUCAGAUUGGGAAUUUGUCUAGAUUGGAGGAGCUGAAAAUGGCCAAUAAUUCUUUCACUGGGGUGAUUCCUGUUGAGAUUAAGCAAUGUGGUUCAUUGCAUGUUCUUGAUCUUGAAGGAAAUCGUUUUUCUGGUGAAAUUCCUGGUUUUUUAGGUGGUAUGACUGGUUUGAAAGUGCUCUCUCUUGGGGGAAAUCUGUUUUCAGGUUCAGUACCGGGGAGUCUUCGGAAUCUUACUGCACUUGAAACCUUAAAUUUGGGACAUAAUAAGUUAAGUGGAAGCUUGCCAGAGGAGAUAAUGGGAUUGAGCAAUUUGAGUACGUUGGACAUAAGUGGGAACAAGUUUUCCGGUGAGAUUCCUGCAAGUAUUGGGAACCUUAGUAGGGUUGCGGUUUUGAAUCUAAGUGCUAAUGUGUUUUCAGGGAAGAUGCCGGCAAGUUUGGGCAAUUUGUUCAAGCUAACUACUCUUGAUUUAAGCAAGCAGAACCUCUCCGCUGAGUUGCCAUUUGAGCUCUCAGGUUUACCAAAUCUGCAAGUCAUUGCUUUGCAAGAAAAUAUGUUAUCCGGGGAUGUUCCUGAAGGGUUUAGUAGUUUAAUGAGUUUGCGCUAUGUAAAUCUCAGUUCCAAUUCUUUUUCUGGUCAUAUACCGGAAAAUUUUGGCUUUCUUCGUUCAUUAGUAGUUCUUUCAUUGUCUAAUAAUCACAUAACUGGAGUGAUCCCACCAGAGCUUGGAAACUGCACUGAGCUUGAAGCUCUUGAGCUUGGAUCAAAUUCUUUGACAGGUCACAUUCCUGCUGAUCUCUCUCGCCUUUCAAAGUUAAACGUACUAGAAUUGGAUGGUAACAACUUAACCGGAGAAAUCCCAUACGAAAUCUCCAAAUGCUUGUCAUUGACCACUUUGUUACUAGAUGCUAAUCAGCUUUCUGGAAGCAUACCAGAUUCUCUGUCCAAGUUAUCAAAUCUCACAAUGCUGGAUCUUUCUUCUAAUAACUUGAGUGGAGAGAUUCCUGCUAAUCUCAGUCUUCUUUCUGGAUUGGUCUACUUUAAUGUCUCAAGGAACUCCUUAGCAGGAGAGAUUCCAGUUACUCUGGGUUCAAGAUUUAACAGUCCAUCUGCGUUUGCAGAUAAUCAAGACUUAUGUGGAAAGCCAUUGCAUAGGUGUGAGGAUAUAGCUGAAAAGAACAGAAGGAAAAGGUUGAUCCUUUUGAUUGUGGCGGUUGUGUGUGCUGCUUUUCUCUUGUCAUUCUGUUGUUGCUUCUAUGUAUUCAGCCUAUUGAGAUGGCGCAAGAGGCUUAAAGAAGCCGCUGGGGAGAAGAAACGGAGCCCUGCAAGGGCUAGUUCUGGAGCAAGUGGAGGUCGUGGCAGCACAGAUAAUGGAGGGCCAAAGCUUGUUAUGUUCAAUAACAAGAUCACACUAGCAGAAACAAUUGAAGCAACUAGGCAAUUUGCUGAAGAGAAUGUGCUUAGCAGAACCCGGUAUGGGUUAGUCUUCAAGGCUUGUUACAGUGAUGGAAUGGUGCUCUCUGUUCGCCGCCUACCAGAUGGAUCACUUGAUGAGAACAUGUUUAGAAAAGAAGCUGAAUUUCUAGGCAAAGUGAAGCACCGGAACUUAACAGUUCUCCGUGGCUACUAUGCAGGGCCACCUGACUUAAGGCUCCUGGUAUAUGAUUACAUGCCUAACGGCAACCUUGCAACACUCCUGCAAGAGGCAUCCCACCAAGAUGGUCACGUACUCAAUUGGCCUAUGCGCCACCUAAUUGCUCUUGGCAUUGCCCGCGGUUUAGCCUUUCUGCACACAUCCAACAUGGUCCAUGGAGAUGUCAAGCCCCAAAACGUUCUAUUUGAUGCUGAUUUUGAAGCACAUUUGUCAGAUUUCGGCUUGGAUCGUCUCACGCUUGCAACUCCAGCUGAAGCUUCCACUUCAACUUCAGUUGGCACAUUGGGUUAUGUAUCCCCAGAAGCAGUUCUAACAGGGGAAGCCACCAAAGAAUCAGAUGUCUACAGCUUUGGCAUCGUCCUGCUUGAACUACUCACAGGAAAGAGACCAGUCAUGUUCACACAGGAUGAAGACAUUGUGAAAUGGGUCAAGAAGCAGCUUCAAAGAGGCCAAAUCACUGAACUUCUCGAACCAGGUCUUCUUGAGCUGGACCCUGAAUCAUCCGAAUGGGAAGAAUUCCUUCUAGGAGUCAAAGUUGGGUUACUUUGCACAGCUCCAGAUCCUCUUGAUCGACCAACCAUGUCCGACAUUGUGUUCAUGCUUGAAGGUUGUCGUGUGGGCCCUGAUAUUCCCUCCUCAGCGGAUCCCACCUCUCAACCUUCACCGGCAUAAACAACCCCAAAAUCCGAACCCUUUUUUUACUUUUCCUGUCUCAUGAAAACUUUUAACCAUUUUUUUAGUUUCAGGGGCGAAAAUGUAACACUAGGGUGAAAUUUUUUCUUUUGUUCAGUUAAUUCUUGUUCCAUUUGCUUUUUUGGUUGGUUACUUUCCUUUCUACACCUUUGCCAAUCGCCACUGUUCCUUUUCAUGCUGGCCUUGGGGGAAAAGUGAGGGUCUUUUGAGAGAGUGAAGUAAGUUCAAAAAGUUCAAUACUUUCUCUCAGUCAACGAAAUGGACAAAGCUCAGUUCCAGAUGCCCCGAAAGCAGACAACGACCGUUGCGGUCCCACAUGGUUGUUUCGCGCCAAACGCGAGAGGAUUGCUUUUGCCCUGGAUUCGUCACGUGGCACAACGAAAAAUGUAGCCGUUAAAUUGCAGACCCCGAGAUGUACACCCUGGAAAAGAGUUUAAAAGAAAAACCUGGUGUUGUUUUUUGUACUAUUUUUUCUUUCUCUCAGGACGGGAGGGCCGAGGAGGGGGGGCUUUGGAUUUUGGUUCGUAACUAUGUUGAGUAAUGCUGAAAAAGGGUAGUUUCGGAAUCUCCUGAGGAUGCCACGUGGGGGAUCAUAUGUUGCCCUGGGAUUAUUUUUCCAUUGUUCCGGGGCAUGGCAAUGGAGGACAAAGCUGAAAAAAGUAGGAGGGAGAAGAAGAAGAAGAAGACAAGGACACAAAAUUUCAGGGUCCCACUGCAACAGAAAGGUGUGGGAAAGUGACCGGCGGGGUGGUGGUGAAAAUGAAACGAUGGCUCACGGCCUCAAUUACUUUUUGAACCUUUUUUGGUGGGUCAUCAUCUUUAUUGCCUGGAAUUAAAUUGUUAUCUUUAUUUAAGCUGUAUUUUGAUUGUAAGUGAAAGCAACAGACGUAAGUACCAGCUUACCUGUUUUGCUAAUUCAAGUUUUUCCAGAAUCAAACCCUUCAGUCACACCCCUCUUUUUCCA